CACACACACACGCUUGCGUCUCCAUCAGCGCUGCGCCAGAGGCGCGUUCACUGCAGCUCUGUGGAGCGCGCGCACGCGAGAGGGAGAGAGAGGGACGCGCUGCUGCGGUUCGGAACAUCUUCACCCGGCGUGAUUUAUGACCAAGUGUUCAGGAGGAUCGGCGCUCGUCUCUCACCGUCAUCAUGGCCUCGAUCUCGGAGUGGUACGCGGGGAAGAACGUGCUGAUCACGGGAGCCACGGGCUUCAUGGGGAAGGUGCUGGUGGAAAAACUUCUGCGCUCCUGUCCGGACGUCAACGCCCUCUACAUCCUCGUGCGGCCCAAGGCGGGUCAGUCCAUGUCAGAGCGCGUCCAGGACAUGAUGAAGUGUAAGCUGUUUGACCGUGUGCGUGAGGAUAAUCCUGACUUUCAUCAGAAGAUCAUCCCCAUCAGCAGCGAGCUCAUGCAACCCGGCCUGGCCAUCAGUCCAGAGGAUGUGCAGACUCUCACUUCCUGUAUCAACAUCGUCUUCCACUGUGCCGCCACCAUCCGCUUCGACGAGCCCCUGAAGCAUGCGCUGCAGCUGAACGUCAUCGCCACGCAGCAACUCCUCUCUCUGGCGCAGCAGAUGCAGCACCUGCAGGCCUUCAUCCACAUCUCCACCGCCUACGCCAACUGCAACCGCAGACACAUCGACGAGGUCAUCUACCCUCCUCCAGUCGAGCCCAAGAAACUCAUCGACUCUCUGGAGUGGAUGGAUGACAGUAUCGUCCGUGACAUCACACCCCGUCUGAUCGGUGACCGGCCCAACACUUACACCUACACCAAAGCGCUGGCCGAGUGUGUGGUGCAGCAGGAGAGCGGCAAACUCAACAUCGGCAUCAUACGGCCGUCCAUCGUGGGAGCCAGCUGGCAGGAGCCGUUCCCCGGUUGGAUAGACAACUUUAAUGGACCAAGUGGUGUUUUCAUUGCUGCUGGGAAGGGCAUCCUGCGCACCAUGAGAGCCAGUAAUGACGCGGUGGCCGAUCUGAUUCCCGUAGACGUGGUGAUAAACCUGACGCUGGCUGCCGGAUGGUACACCGCGGUGCACAGACCGAAAACUGCGCUCGUGUACAACUGCACAACCGGAGGCAUCAACCCUUUCCACUGGGGAGAGAUCGAGCAUCACGUGAUGUCAACAUUUAAGAGGAAUCCUCUGGAACAGGCUUUCCGUCGGCCCAACGCCAACAUCACCUCCAAUUACUUGAUCAACCAGUACUGGAUCCUCGUCAGUCACAAGUUCCCUGCGCUCAUCUACGACCUGUUCCUCAGACUGUCCGGACAGAAACCACAAAUGAUGCGUAUUUUCAACCGUCUGCACAAAGCCAUCGGUCUGCUGGAGUAUUUCAGCAGUCAGGACUGGGAGUGGAACUCAGACAACAUGAACAUGCUGAUGAGUCAGCUGAGCACCGAGGACAGGAAGACCUUCAACUUUGACGUUCGCCAGCUGAACUGGCCCGAGUACAUCGAGAAUUACUGUAUCGGCACCAAGAAGUACGUUCUGAACGAGGACAUGUCCGACAUUCCCGCCGCCAGACAGCACCUGAGGAAGCUGAGAAACAUCCGAUACACUUUCAACACGGUGCUGCUGGUCUUCAUCUGGCGCGUCUUCAUCGCUCGCUCUCAGAUGGCCAGGAACAUCUGGUACUUCGUCGUGAGUUUGUGCUUCAAGUUCCUGUCCUACUUCAGGGCUUCCAGCACUCUGACCCAAUGACCACGUGUGUCCUCGUCCUCCAAGCACUUCCUCUUCCAGAGGUGUCUUUAGCCAUUCACGCACAGGUGUUUCUUUAGCUUUCCUUACCGGCCGCUCGUCCCACCCGACUCCUCUGUGCUGUUUUUAAAGGUGUCCUCUUUUAUAACGACUGUCCUUAAUACCGAUUAUAUAUGCAACCGCAUUCUACAGUGUUUCUCCUCGACCUUCUCGUCGCCAUCCGACAUCCGGAGACGUUGCCUUCGUGUCUUCUGAUGAUUUUAGCCUUCUCGAGGACAGACAGUGUUUCGGACCGUUGGAUCUUGGAGAUGUCCGUGACUUACCGCUCAAAGCUUUGCUGUUUUCAGCCAGUUCUCUCUCUUUGUGAGUGUGUGUUUGUCUUUUGACGGUUCGUUUGUGUCCCGUCUGUUCUAAUACCGUGUAAAACUCUCGUACCGUGUGGUACUGAAGCCUACAGGAACAUAGUCUAGUCAUUUUUUCGUGUUUCGUUGGCUGUGUUAAGAGGGAAACUGCAAUAGAUCUGAUGCAUUUAUAACAUCACACAUAUUUUUCUGCCAAGUCGUCGCUUUUCUCCGCCAGUUUAAACACUCAAAAUUAAAAGAAAAAAAUGUCUGUUCAUGAAGAAAAUGCCGCCUGUUUUUAAGGAAGCUAAAAUAAUUCCUAACAGUGUCUAGUUUAACAUUUUCAUGACAAUUACGCACAUUUACCUCCAAAUUUAAUCUACAAUUAUUCUAAAUGACAAUUCUCAUUACUGUAAUAAAUGUUCAAUAUUAAAUCAGUUGUUAUUAAAUAAUUAUAAAAUAUUAUUAUAUAUAAUUAUUGUAAUUUAUAAUUUAUUGUAAUAUAUAUUUAAUAAGAAAAAUAAUAGUUAUUAUUGAAAUAUACGUUAUUCAAUUUAUUGUAAUUCAAUUUUACAGAUUUUUUUUAUUGAUUUAAUAAUUACAUUUCUAAAAUAUUAAACUCUAAAAUAUGACAUUUUUCCCAUUUCUUUGGAUUUAAGUGUGAAAUAUGACACAUUUCACCCAAUUUAUAUUUGUUAAUUUUUCUGUUUCUAAAGCAGAGCGUACAAAGUUUAGCGUCAGACUCUUUUUGCGAGUGUUAGAUGAGGAUAUUUCUGUCUGAAGACGGGCGUAAGAUAAUUUCAUCGGUCUGUAAAUAUUCUAGAUAUAUAAAUAUGUUCCUUUUCAGAUGAUAUACAUACCAAAAAUGUACAAAUGUAUAUUUGCGAGGGUGAAUCAAACGGCUGGUUACGAACAUCUGUUUCCGGACACGAGUGAGGGCUUCCCAUAUUUUUUGAAGAAAAGCGAAAAGUGAAGAGAAAAAAAAAAAAAAAAAAGCGUUGAGUCUCCAUUUCAAUGUUGUUUUAUGUGCGUUAACCACUGUUUAAAGUGCUCUGAAUUUAGAGACGUAAAGGGACUUAAACCUGCUUUUAAUUAAUUGACUUUGGUAGUUUCUAUGCAGCACAGCCUGUGCUUCUUCCUCCUUCUAGAUACUUUUCUAGUUUGUUUGCUUUUUCACCUUUCUGAAGCACAUUUAUUUACGUUUGCUUGUCAGAUGAACCAAAAUGUGUGUAUUUAUAAGGUUUUAUGAAUCUACUACUCGGCCAGCGGUCGAAUACAAAGUCGACGGUUAAUAUUUCAUACGGUUUUACAGCAUCGUGAUCAAUCGACACUAUUUGAGGAUCUCAUGAGCGCUCAUUUUUCUACACUGCCCCCUGGUGGUCUAUUGCCAAACUGUAUUUUUAGACCACCGUUUGUAAGACGUGUCUGCCUUCCGUCGUCCAGUCUUUUGUAUGUCGCACACAGUAUUCAUGUUCAGCAGCAACCUCACGUCUUCCUCAGCUUGUUUAGCCGUAGUAGAGCGAUCACUUGAGGUGUUUUGUUCUCCUGCACGUUACGAGUCUCAGUAGAGAAAGCACACGCACACUAAAAUCUCCUCUUAGAGCAUUCCAGACAUGAAAAACACAGCCAUUUUUCUACUAGAAUCGAACACCUUGAUGUCUUAACAACGGCAACCCUUCGUUUCGAGCCGAGCCAAGCUUUCAAAUGAAGCUUCUACUGCCAACGUGAUCUUUACAAUCUCAAGCGUUUCUGCUCUGCCACUGAUGUUUGUACAGAUGAGGUGAUGGAGCUGUAUUGGGUUUGCAGUAAAAUGCUUUUUUUAACCGAAAAAAGUCCCCUACUGAAUAUGAGUCUUUUUUCUUUCUUGUGUAACACCUGCAUGUUUGCUUUUUACAUACGAGAUUUUCACAGCGGUGCAGUAGUGGCUGACAUGGAUUUUGACCUUCCUCUACUCAACAUUUGUCUCCAUGUUGUGCUGUCUAACGUUGUACGGUCGAGGUCCUUGAAUGGAAAACUGUACUUUGAUCAAUUGUGUGCUUGACCGUUUGUUGCAAAAGAAUUCAUGAGAAAAUAAACUGAAAUGACCAA